CACAUUGAGCCAAAAUGACAACAUCUUUCCCCAUGAAUGCUGGUAAUGGUCCUUACAGCUACUCCAAAAACUCCAAUUUGCAGAAAGAAAUAUUAGAUGGUACUAUGGAGAUGGUGAGAGAUACAAUUAUUCAAAAGCUUAACAUCAAAUUCAUGUUAUCUUCUUCAAACACGUUACGUAUUACAGAGUUGGGAUGUUCUGUUGGACCAAACUCUUUUAGUGCAAUGCAACAUGUUGUAGAAGCUCUAAAGGACAAGUACUUAUACCCAGACCAAGUCAUAAAUUCCACCAACAAUAUUCCCGAAUUCGAAAUAUUCUUCAAUGAUCAAGUCACCAAUGAUUUCAAUACCUUCUUUCUAUCACUACCUAUCGAUCGAUCCUACUAUGUAAUUGGAGUUCCAGGAUCUUUUCAUGGUAGAUUAUUUCCAUCGCGAUCAAUACAUUUUGCACAUUCUUCUUGUUCUAUACAUUGGUUAUCUAAGAUUCCAAAAGAGCUGUUAGAUGAAAAAUCUCCAGCAUGGAAUAAAGGAUUGAUUCAUUAUAUCGGUUCAUCAAAUAUUGAAGUAGUGAAUGCUUAUGUUGCUCAAUUUGAAAAGGACAUGGAAAUGUUCUUUAAUGCAAGAGCUGAGGAAAUUGUUCCUGGUGGAAUGAUGGUGCUUGUUACACCAUUUUCAGGUUAUAUACGUCUCAUGGGAUUUUUUGGUUCUAGUCUUAUGGAUUUGGUGAAUGAGGGAAAGCUAGAUGAAUCUCAAGUUGAUUCAUUCAAUUUGCCAAUGUAUUUUCCCUCUCCUCAGGACAUGACUAAAGUAGUGGAGAAAAAUGGAUUUUUUAGCAUUGAGAGAAUGGAGUUGACAUAUAUAAAAUCAGAGCUUGUGGAUGAGGCUAAUGCAAAGACUUUAAUGAUAAACCUAAGGAGCUCUUUAGAAGGGCUUUUAAUAAAUCAUUUUGGAAGUGAAAUAGCAGAAGAAGUUUGUGCAAGAACUAUUCAUAAAAGCGAAGAGAUUUCAACAUGGAUGAAAGAUAAUUACGAGAAACCAAGCAUAUUAUUUGUUGCUUUGAAGCGUAAAUAAAUUUCUAUGAGAAAAUCUAUAUAUUAUAUAAUUCAGGUCUAUGGAGAGAUGAUGUGACACAUCUCACAGUCCAAGUUUUAUGCUUUUUUUUUCUAAUAUUUUUGAAGAUCUUUUAUUCUUCUUAUAUAUAAGAUCGUGAUUCGAUCCGCAUAUGUUUGAUAAAAGACAAUAAUAUUAUGGAGUUUUCCUCAUGUGUUUCACUUUAUAUUAU